UAAGAAAUAACAAACGCACUGUCCAAUUCGAAACGCUGUGAUAUUCCCUUCUGUGUUUAUUCUUUGAAUAGAGGGUUCUUUGGAGAGUGAUAUCUCAGUGAUGGAUGCAGAAAAGAAGACUUGGUUUUGGCUCGACCGAACCUUGUUAAUGUGUUUGCUUUACUUUGCUGUCGAUGGUAAUAAACAGCACUUUAUUGCCACGCUCGUCGCAUUGAUAUUGCAUGAUUUCGUAGUUUACAUGGUCAAGCUCCUUCUCCAGGAUAUUUAUGCUCUUUUCUCCACUCUGUUACACAACUUGAAGUUAAGAUCUUUAAACAAAAGCGAUACCAUUAAGGGAGGAAAUUACAACAGCAUGAGAGAAAAGGAGGAAGUAGAAAUAAGGACAACAGUGAAGAAUGAAAAAGAAGGUGAAGAGGGAAGCAUGCAGGUGCAAGUUGCAUGUGAGACUUGCGGGAUGUUCAAAGAGGAAGAAGCAAAGAAAGCCAAAGGGAAAUACAAGGAUAAGUACAAGAAAAAGUUGCUGCAAAAGGAGGAGAAUUUUGAUAGAGUUAAAAGCACUUUGAAAGAUAAAUAUAAUGAAGAUAGAGACAAGUGGGAAGAAGAGGGAAAGUUGCUCAAGAUAAAGUAUGAAGAGAUGCGAUGGACAUAAACCAAACAAAAAACCCUUUAAUUACUUAGUUAUUAAUGUUAUAUUGAUAGAUGACGCCUUAAGAGGGCAUAUUAACGAAUACUACUAGUUCUGAUGCUUUUUAAAUUUAUGGGUAUAUUGAUAUAUCAAUGUUUAUUCCUGUUGAAGAAAAA